GUCAUAAAAAUGUCACUUUUAAAUAUACCAGAUGUUAUUAUUGAUGAAGGAAUUUUUAAGUAUAUAUUGAUAAAGAUAUCUUCAAAUGACGAGAAUAAACUAAUCGUUAGGGGAUACAAGCGAUCCCCUUAUCAUUCGGAUAUAUUUGAUGAAGUCAGUGAAUCAUUUAAUAAAAAAUUAAAAUUGGAAUGUUUGGGAGGUGGUCGUAUUAACCAUAAUCCGGAAAACAAAGAGAUAAUGGUAUAUGGUUAUUCUCAAGGAUUUGGAAAAGCAAAUCAUGAUAUAACAGUUGGUAUUCUCAAAAAUCAUUUUAAAGAUUAUUCAAAAAUUAGUUGGUCUGACGAAGGAUAUUGAAAAGAUUUUAAAUACUUUAAUAUCUACCAAUUACUGCCUCAAUUAUAUAUCAAUAAAUGUUGCUUAUCUAGAUCCAAUAUCAUUUUGAUAAUGAUACCAGAGAUAAUUAUUGUCCUGCUUUUAUCAACUAUUACUGUUGUUAAUAAUUAUUAAAAAAGAUGUUAUACUAGGGUAUAUUAUUAAAAGGAAGAAGUGUGGGGUCUAUAAAACUUAAUUGUGUUGAAGAUAUUAUUUUUAAUUUUUUGGUGAAGGGAUUGGCACCCCUCAUAAUAUACCCUGUUUGUUAUAUAAAUACGAUUUAUUUGCCUAUUAUUUUAAAACCAUGCAAUUUCUAGAUACCCCUCUUAUUAACUUUGAAAUAAAAAAUUAGUCCUUUCAAA